AUGGGUGGCCAAGGAGGAGAGGGCAAAGACGAUAAGGAUAAGAAGAAAGAGAAGCCAAAGUACGAACCACCACCACAGCCAACCACCCGCGUCGGACGAAAGAAGCGUAAGCAACAGGGCCCAAAUGCCUCUGCCAAACUACCGUCUAUCUAUCCGACGUCAAGAUGCAAGUUAAAAUACCUCCGCAUGCAGCGUGUGCAUGACCACCUUCUCCUUGAAGAGGAGUACGUGGAGAAUCAAGAGCGUAUCCGCAAGUCCAAGGCCCAGACUUCUUCGACUCACCCAGCGGCGGACGAUAACAACAGUGCUCUGGACCGAAAUGCAGAUGAGAGGGGCCGGGUGGAUGAUAUGAGAGGCAGUCCCAUGGGAGUCGGAAACCUGGAGGAGAUGAUCGAUGAUGACCAUGCUAUUGUUUCCAGUGCGACAGGGCCAGAGUACUACGUCUCCAUCAUGUCCUUUGUCGAUAAGGACCUGUUAGAGCCGGGAGCUAGUAUCCUACUUCAUCACAAGUCAGUCUCGGUCGUGGGUGUUCUCACCGACGAUGCCGACCCGCUUGUAUCUGUUAUGAAGCUGGAGAAAGCCCCCACAGAGUCGUACGCAGACAUAGGCGGUCUAGAAUCGCAGAUCCAGGAAGUGAGAGAAGCCGUCGAACUGCCGUUGCUGCAUCCAGAACUUUACGAAGAGAUGGGUAUCAAACCCCCGAAGGGUGUCAUCUUGUACGGUGGUCCGGGUACUGGAAAAACCCUUCUCGCCAAAGCCGUCGCCAACCAAACGAGCGCUACUUUCUUGCGUAUCGUGGGUAGUGAACUUAUUCAAAAGUAUCUCGGUGACGGACCUCGUCUUGUCCGCCAGAUCUUCCAGGUUGCUGCCGAACAUGCCCCAUCAAUCGUCUUUAUUGAUGAGAUCGAUGCAAUUGGUACGAAGCGUUAUGAUUCUACAUCUGGCGGUGAGCGAGAAAUUCAGCGUACUAUGCUUGAACUUCUGAAUCAGCUUGACGGUUUCGACGAUAGAGGUGAUGUUAAAGUCAUCAUGGCCACGAAUAAGAUUGAAUCCUUGGAUCCUGCACUUAUUCGUCCCGGCCGUAUUGACAGAAAGAUUCUCUUUGAGAACCCUGACCAAAACACUAAGAAAAAGAUCUUCACGCUCCAUACUUCCAAGAUGUCCUUAAGCGAAGAUGUUGAACUCGACGAAUUCAUCACCCAGAAGGACGAUCUCUCCGGUGCUGACAUCAAAGCCAUAUGCUCCGAGGCGGGUCUCAUGGCCCUUCGUGAGCGCCGCAUGCGUGUGCAGAUGGCCGAUUUCAGAUCAGCUAGGGAGCGUGUCAUGAAGACCAAGCAAGAGAACGAGCCAGAAGGACUUUACUUGUAG